AUGGAAGAUACUACCUGUGAUCCAAGAUGCUGGAAAUGUUUGAGAGGUCAUAAUGAUAUCACAACUUUAAGUUUUCAUCCGCUACGAAAUGAUCGAUUCGUAACGGGUAGCUUAGACAAAACAGUAAGAGCGUGGAGAUUAGAUACGUGUACGAAAUAUGAAAGCGUUAAAGCUCAUAAAGCUGGUAUUUUCGACGUAUGCUAUUCACCAGAUGGUGAGCUUAUAGCCAGUGCUUCAGGAGAUAGAUCUAUCAGAGUUCGGAGCUCUGAGGCUAGACACUAUUUCGCAGAAUUUAGAGCUCACGGAUUUGCCGUGAGAUCAGUACAAUUCAAUCCUAGUGGAGACAAGUUCGUUUCCGCGUCAGAUGAUACAACUGUAAAACUAUGGAUACCAUUUCUGGGAAAUUUCUUCAAAAUGUUUAUGGGACAUACGAGUUCGGUCAGGUGUGCUAAAUUUUCUCCAGAUGGUAAACUUUUGAUAUCAUGUAGCGAUGACAAAACAAUAAAAAUAUGGGACAUUACUAGUGAACGAUGUAUCAAAACUUUUAAACAUAAAAAAGCUUCUAGAUAUGUAGAGUUUCAUCCAACUGGUACAACUAUUGGAUCAGCAAACGUGAAUGGAUGUGUUAAAUUAUAUGAUCUAAGAACAAAUUCUUUAUAUCAGCAUUUUGCUGUUCAUGCGGCACGUGUGAAUAUGAUUAAAUUCCAUCCAAAUGGAAACUUCAUGUUAACAGCUUCUGAUGAUUCUACAAUGAAGAUUUUAGAUCUCCUAAAAGGCUGUCCAAUUUAUACUCUUAUGGAACAUUCUAAGAAAGUAACAUGCAUAGCAUUUUCAAAUGAUGGUAAGCUCUUUGCUUCUAGUGGCUCGGAUCGACGAAUUCGAAUAUGGAAGUCGAAUAAUUUAUGUGAGGAUGGUCGAGUCAGUGAUAUACCACAGUUAACAUCUAUUGAACAAGAACUUGAUGAUUUGAAUGAAGAAUCAUACAGCAAUGAACGUGAAGAAGAUACACAUGUGAAGCAGGACCAAGCGAACUGCUUAUCAGAUGAUCAGAUGAUAAAAAAGUCGCAUCUAGAAUCAGACAACACGAUAAAAAAGAAAAAAAGAAAAAAGAAAUAUCGUCCAGGACCAUCAUCGCCAAUCGUUCAACCUAAAGUAAUCGAUAUGAAUAUUGAACCUUUUCAAAAAGAUUCUGUAGGAAAGAUAUUCUCGGUAGUCUCACAACAGUAUCACAGUUCUAAACAGUCCCAAACAGUCUCAGAAAAUCAGACAUCAUCCAAUGAACUGUCAUCUAAUCAAUUUUUUGUACCACUAGAAGUAGAUAAAGUUUUAGAUAAAACACAAUUAUCACGUUACUAUUAUAAUGUUUUAGAACAACGCUUAAUAGUAAUAGAAAAGACGCUUAAGAAGUUAGCUUUGUAG